AUGGGGCUUGGCGUGCUAGAUACCACGCGCGCUUAUGUACCUGGGACCUCGAACAUUCUUGAAAGAGACCACUCCAAUGAUGAACCGGCCGUCUACUCGAACUUAAAAUACGAUCGAUCAGGCUCUGUGCCUAUCCUCCUCGUCCCACAGCCUAGCGACGACCCCAAUGAUCCAUUGAAUUGGCCACUUCGGAAGCGCGAUGCCACGCUACUUGUCCUUUCUUUUGUGGCAGUGCUUUGCGCAACGACUAGCUCGCUGAUGGCUGCCAAUACCGUCACCAUUGCUCUCUACUACGGGAAAAGCUUCACUUCAGUUGCGCUCCUAACUGGAUACCAUCUCUGUGGUGUUGGGGUUGCUGGUAUUUUGAUUGUGCCUACUGCACGAGUCUGGGGAAAACGUCACCUCUUUCUUCUGAGUAAUGCCUUAAUGGUAGUAAGUUGUGCUUGGGCUGGGGCCAGUAAGCAUAACUACCAGAGUCUGCUGUGGGCUCGCAUCUUCCAGGGUGUUGCUUUGGCUCCUUUUGAGGCACUGUUAAAUGCAUGUGUCGGUGACUUAUUCUAUGUCCAUGAACGGGGCAAGCGGAUGGCACUUUCCAAUGUUGCACUCUUUGGCGCAGCAUUCCUCACUCCAGUUUUGGCAGGCAAGAUCACGCAUAGCCUUGGUUGGGAGUGGACAUUCUACUUAGUGGCCAUUUUCACAGCAGCAGCUCUACCUCUUACAUUCUUCUUCGUCCCCGAAACGGCUUUCAAACGCGCAGACCAUUUGCAAUCAGACCUUGAAAAUGCCAAUGAUCAUCAAGCCGUGUCUCGCCCAGCCCCCCAAGUACAGCUCAACAAUCUCAUGGCACUCGAGACAACUUCAGGAUCAGGGGAUCAAAAACAAUAUGCGCCAUCUGUCAAUGAUCAUCACCGUCCUACGUCCCCAAAAGAGCUGCCUCGAGAGAUAGAGACGAAGAAAUUGACAAAGGUGCCAUAUCUCGAAACCCUCAAACCAUUCAAUGGACGGAAAACCGACGAGAGCUUCUUCAAGCUUCUGCUACGGCCAUUUCCUCUGUUCUUCCAUCCCGCGAUUUUUUGGGCUUGUUUGAUACAAGGCGUAAUCAUCGGAUGGACCGUUUUUAUUGGUGUGGUCCUGGCCGCCAUUUUCCUCGGCCCUCCGCUGUGGUUCAAUGAGGUACAGACCGGGUACCUGUACACAGGUGCCUUCAUCGGCUCCAUCCUGGGUCUGGUCUUGUCGGGACUUCUCUCCGAUUCGAUGAACCGCAUUAUGAUCAAACUCAAUAGAGGGAAGUACGAACCGGAAUUCCGUAUACUCCUGGUGAUCUUCCAGUUGGUCUUCAGCGGCGCAGGGCUUUACGGGUUUGGGAUUAUCGCCCAGGAUGUCGCACGAUACGGAUGGCUUGUGACGGACGUGUUUUUCGCACUGGUUAUCAUAGGAAUGGUCAUGGGCGCUGUGGCCAGUGCGCUGUAUAUUAUCGAUGCACAUCGCGAGAUCGCGAUCGAAUCAUUCACGUGCAUGUUGGUCUUCAAAAACAUGUUCAGCUUUGUGCUGACAUUUUUUGCCUACGACUGGCUGGUGGCCCAUGGGGUCAGGCCAGCCUUCUUGGCCAUCUCCAGCAUUCAGAUGGGGAUCUGUGCCUUGAGCAUUCCGAUGUAUAUUCUUGGGAAGUGGAAUCGCUCUUUCUUCUACCGCUACGAUCUACUGAAGAUCCUGCAUUUGUGGUGA